GUCAAGAACACACACUAACAGACUAUUUUUGUCAUUUUAAGCACCCUUAAACCUCUAGAGACUAACUAAACUAGCAGAAGCAACAUAGCGCCACGAGGUCCACGACGCUGCUCUGAAUUCUGAAACCAGCUUACCACUGAGUCGUCUUCACAGAGAGAGAAAAAGAUGAGGCUAUUAACUCACAACAUGCUGUCAUCCAAUAUCAAAGGAGUGACAAACGGCUUCCCUCUCCGCAUUGAAGUGGAGAAAGUCAUAGAGAAGCAGGUCGAUUUCAACCCUGAUUUUCUCAAGAACAUGUGCCCAAAGAUCGAGUGGAAGGCGCUCGCUGAUGCAUCCCGAUCAUUGGGUUAUUCCGAGCUGCCCGACGAGGCGCCAGAGUCGUCGUUGCUUGAGUCAGAGGAGUUCUUGAAGAAAUUUCACCACGCGCUAUUGGAGCUGCAACUGGAAGAAGGUGCUCUGGUUUGCCCAGAGACGGGGAGAAAGUUUCCAGUAAAUAAGGGCAUUCCUAAUAUGUUGCUCCAUGAAGAUGAGGUCUGACUUUGAUUGGGUUUUUGUCAGUGGAGGCGAUGGUUAGGGUUUGUGUUUUGGUUUGGAGUUUUGAUGAAUAGAUUAUAUUGUUGUUGAUGAUGUUUUUAUUUACAAUAUGUAAUCAGUGCUUUUGUUGAGAAGAUAAAGGAAAUAUUAGGGUUUUCCUUUUAAUGUUUCUGUCAGUUUUACUUUGUUUUGAUACUGCGCUUUGUGUUAGUGUUGCAUUUCUUUUUGUUUUUCAAUUUGUGGCAUCAGAUGAUUCAAUUAUAAAUGUCUUAACGUUUAUGAUCUCAA